CAUGACUUAUUAAUUAUGGAACGUUGUGAGCUAAGUGGGCCCCAUACUAUUUUUCCCUCAUCACCAGACGACGUGCCACGAUUUAUUCGCCUCCGCAGAGUAUCGGCGGUUCACAUUUUUUUUUCUCUCUCCGCGCCGUAUGAAACGUAAGGAAUUUCCCUCUUUUUGUUUAUUUAUUUAUUCAUUUUACGUUUUUUAUAUUUUUUAAUUUACACUUUUUUUUUAUUACUUCUCCUCCCUAUGGUAUCGAGCGGGGGGUUGCCUUUAAAUUCUAACGAGGAAAGAGAGCGAGAAGGCAUCAAGCUUUUCUUUGCUCCACCUUAAGUGUUUCUAUAGGGUUUUAAUUCGUUCUUAUCAUUACCUCUCUUUUAACCUUUCUCUUUUUUGCUUGCUCUCUUUGUUUUUCGAGAUCUGUGCGUUUUCUUCUUUUCAAUUAGCUUCUUGAAAGCUUUAUUUUCUUAAGAACAGGAAACCGCUGAAGAGAUGGCACCACCAAUUGAGACUCCAACCAAGUCCUCUGGCUCUCACCACGCAUCACAUCCUCCUUUGAAUGAAAGGAUUCUUUCAUCGAUGAGCAGAAGGUCUGUUGCUGCUCACCCAUGGCAUGAUCUUGAGAUUGGACCUGGAGCUCCAAUGGUUUUCAACUGUGUGAUUGAAAUCCCAAAAGGUAGCAAGGUGAAAUAUGAACUUGACAAGAAAACUGGUCUGAUCAUGGUUGAUCGAGUGCUUUACUCAUCAGUUGUGUAUCCUCACAACUAUGGAUUCAUCCCUCGUACUCUUUGUGAAGACAAUGAUCCCAUGGAUGUCUUGAUCAUUAUGCAGGAACCAGUUAUUCCAGGAUGCUUUCUUCGCGCUAAAGCUAUAGGUCUGAUGCCUAUGAUUGAUCAGGGUGAGAAAGAUGACAAGAUUAUUGCUGUCUGUGCCGAUGAUCCUGAGUAUCGUCACUACAAUGAUAUCAAGGAACUCCCACCUCACCGCCUGGCUGAAAUCCGUCGCUUCUUUGAAGACUAUAAGAAGAAUGAGAACAAAGAAGUUGCUGUUAAUGACUUUCUGCCUGCCUCUACUGCAUACGAGGCAAUCCAACACUCCUUGAAUCUCUACGCGGACUACAUCGUGGAGAGCUUGAGGCGGUAGUUGUCGAUUCACCGUGCCCCGUCUAUAUACAAAUAUAUAUAUUAAUAUGAAUAUGAAUAUGUUGCUGCUAUACAAGAAAUUCAUCGUCUCCUUGUGCGGGCAGAAACACCCUGCACUCACUGGUUUUGCGACAAAGAAAAUGUGUUUUUCAUUUUAUAGGUGACAUGGCUGUUGGUGUUUUAUGACAAUUAUGCAAUGAUGGCGAUAAUUUUAGAUAAUUCUCAGUGUAAUGAGUGAUUGCUACAUUCCAUUAUCUCUUAAAUUUUUUUGUUCUAUUUUGGGUUGUAUGAUGCCCACUCACUUUUAUUUACGCCCACUCACUUUUAUUUACUGUUUGAUGUGCCUUACCUUAUGAACUGUUUUUAUUAUCACGGAAUGCUUAAACAGAAA